AUGAGCGUGGUGCCGCGGGAGAGCGUGCAGGUGGCGGCGCACAGCAUCGGCAUCGCGAGUCUCGGCGAUGACGUGGCUGCCGCGCUGGCGCCCGACGUGGAGUACCGCAUGCGGGAGAUCAUCCAGGAGGCGGUGAAGUGCAUGCGGCACAGCCGGCGCACCACUCUCACCACCGCUGACAUCGCAGCCGCCCUCAGCCUGCGGAACGUUGAGCCGCUGUUUGGGCUGGCAGCGGCGGACAGUGUGCGGUUCCGGCGGGCAGUGGGGCACAGCGACAUCGUCUUCCUGCACGACCCCACGCUGCCGCUCUCCCAGGUGGUGGAGGCGGGGGUGCCGAGCGCCCCGGCGGACGUGAGUGUGGCGGCGCACUGGCUGGCUGUGGACGGCGUGCAGCCCGCCACCCCUGAAAACGCCCCGCCCGCAGGCAUGCCCGCAGCAGCAGUGAAGGCGGAGGGGGGGCGGGCAGCAGAGGGCGGCGCACAGCGAGCAGGGGCGGGGGCAACAGGGGGGGCAGGUGGGGGGGAGGUGGUGGAGGUGAAGCUGCCCGUGAAGCACGUGCUGUCCAAGGAGCUGCAGUGCCAUCGCCUUGUCUCCUCAUCACAUCCUCUCAAAACCCGCUGCCAUCUUGCUUGCCCCCAGGUGAUGCGGUCGCUGGACGACUGCUCGCUGCUGGGCGGCCUCAUGCGCCUGGCCAGGGCGCUGCUGCUCAACCCGCACCUCCACAUGGAACCAUACCUGCACCAGCUGAUGCCGGCCAUGGUGACAUGUGUGGUGGCGAAGCGUCUGGGCGAGCGGCAGCACCACGCCCACUGGCACCUGCGAGCCUUCACUGCCGCGCUGCUCGCACUCAUCUGCCACAGGUUCGGCCGAGCCUACGCGUCGUUGCAGCCGCGGUUGACGCGCACGUUGCUGCACACUCUGCUGGACCCCAAGCGCUCGCUGCCUCAACACUUUGGUGCCAUCCGCGCUCUCACUGCCCUGGGACCCACCGUGCAAGCGGCAUCAGUGGCGGUGGCGCCUCACCUGCGCCUCUACCACCCGGCGCUGCUGCCCCGCCUGCUGGCGGGCGACGGGGUGGACGGGGCAGCACACGGUUGGGGGGGCGGUGGUGAAGGCGGCACGAGUGCAAGAGGUGCAGCAGGGGCAGGGGGCACAGCUGGGGUGGGUGGAGGGGCAUCGGGGGGGAUGAAGCGUGUUGGAGGGGGGGUGAGGUUCGCUGCCAGCCCGCGAGUGGCUGUACCUGCCGUGCGCACCGUGCCCCCUCUGCCGCCGCCACUGCCCUACGCGGCGGCGGGCAGGGAGGCAUCGCUGCUGCUCUUCUUCCCGGCACUGCAGUGCGGGCAGCAGCGCGGGGGCGGGCUGGCGGGGCUGGACGGCUUCCACAUGGGGCUGGGCGAGGGCGCCUACGACGACGACGACAGCAGCGAGUGGGAGGCGGGCGGGGUGGGGCGGCUGUGGGCCGUGGCGGAGCGUGUGGGGCCAGUGCUGGUGAGCAGCGAGAAUGGCAGCGGGCGCGACUACGAGGUGGAGGACGCUCCCACCAGGGCCGCUCUGGCCGCCCUGGCUGGGGUGGGCGGGGGUGCUGAGUCGCAUGGGCAGGGGACGGGGGGGAGAAGUGAAAGUGGGGAGAAUGUGGGCCUGCUAGUUGAGGGGCUGGUAUAUUUGUUGGGGGAUGCUAUGAUUCCUUUUGUGCCCACUGCACCCUUGUUCAUGCAUCUGUAA